AUGGACUUGUCCACAAAUGAGAAACUACUAUUCGAGCUCGGAGUCAAGUGUCCCAAUAUAUUGCCGAAUAUUCGCUGUACAUUUUUAUCUAACGCAUAUAGGGUUUCCGAACUAUCCUCGGAAGAAAAAAUCACUUAUCAUACAAUCAAGUCUUCUGGAAACAAAGGUACCGACUAUGAUGUUUUUGUAGGAAUUUGGAUCAAAGACCUCAAGAUGAAGACGAAUCUGCAUCAGAACGUAUUAACAAAGAUCCUAAAGGCUUUAGAGUCAAAAAAGCUUGUAAAGUCCAUCAAGUCGAUUAAGUCUGUUCCCAAGGAUCCCUCUGUGGUUUUCCCCUCUAAUUAUGAUGGAUAUGCAUCUUUGGAUGAAAUCCAUUUGUUUAUUAGCAAUUCUGGAAUAUCUAACAUUGAAUUGUCGAUUGAGGAUAUCUCAAACAUUCUAGAUACCCUAAUUUAUUCAGGAAGGAUUGAAAAAACCAUUGGAAGCACCUCUGAGGAUGGAGAUAUCGAUUACUUGUACAAAGUUCUAAGGCCGUUUUCUCUGGAAAAUCCUCUGUCCAAGUUGCCUUGCUUUUCGUGUCCGGUAUACAAUCAACUAUUGAUUCGCCAUUUUACAAUUUAG